AUGAGUCUUGAUUCACAAAAAAUGGAUGGUGCUCAACGCCAACAAAUAAUGGCUUCAGUACAACAACAAUUGGCUCUUCAAAAUGCUCAGGAACUUCUCCAAAAACUAUCUGAUAAAUGUUUCAAGGCUUGUGUUCAAAAACCUGGUAGUACAUUAUCGAGUUCAGAACAGAAAUGUAUAACUUCAUGUUCUGAUCGUUAUAUGGAUGCAUGGAAUAUUGUUUCACGAACUUAUGCUGAACGAAUUAAACGUGAACAACAUCGUCAUUGA